AUGGCAGAGCCGGAUAUCCAGCAUAUGCGCCGCAUGUCGGCAGACAACCAAACCAUCCUGAAAUCCGAGAUCCCUUUGAAGGAACGGUUCUUCCGCUACUUUCAGCAUGAAAUCACCGCUCUUCAACAACAAAUGGACAGUCUGGAGGAUACAUCUCUCGUCGGUGGUGAACGUGCCGAUGCGACUGACCACUGCCUCGCCGGCAUCGUGCGACUGUCAAACGAGGUCAAGGAUGCAGCGAGCUACAUCCCAACCUACGACCAACGAGUCUAUGCGGAGGCUAUCAAAGCCUUGCAGGACAAGCUGAACGAGACACGCGCUGCCUUCGAGCCUCGAGCGAAAUUUGCCUUCAAGACUAAGAAGAAUGCAUCUGCCAUCUCCCUGACCGAUGCAGCAACACUGGCAGCGGAGGGCCGUCGCAGCAUUCCCGGCUAUCGCUCGCCUGGAGCCUCCUCGGUCGGCUCAUCCGCGAAUCACACCCCGAACUAUCCCUCCACCCCUCUGAACGAACCUGACAAGCAACAUCAAGAGAGACCGGAACUGGCACCGACAUCAUUCCCGGGUAUUUCAAUCGGCGAGCUCGAGCUCAAGCCUCCCUCUGAUUCUAAGCCUGUGUCCGCCUUCGCUGCUACCGGUAUUACCUCCGUCUCAGUGAAUAAUCACUACGGUUUACACAUCAUGCUACCCUCCUCUGGCUCGGUAUCUUCGGUCCCUGCGUCAAUUACUUCCUUGGAACACUGCAUUGUCGACAUGUCUAUUCCCACGGUCAAUAGUAAGCCCUUCGCCAGCUUGACGAUCAAGGGCGUCGAGGAAAGUCUUUUGAUUUGUGGCCAGGUUGCUGGCCCUGCACAUAUCACGGGCGUAGAACACAGCAUCCUCGUGGUAUCUUGCCGACAGUUCCGCAUGCACAACUGCAAAGACGUCGAUGUGUACCUCAGCUGCUCGAGUAAUCCCAUCAUUGAGGACUGCUCAAACAUCCGGUUCGGUCGGAUACCGAAAGCAUAUUCUUUCCGCCACGACCGCCCCGACCACGAAGAUCGCUGGAGCCAAGUCGAAGAUUUCAAGUGGAUCAAGCCGGAGCCCAGUCCCAAUUGGAGUCUCCUGGGUUCAAGCGAUGCUGUUCCCGAGGAGGUCUGGGCGGAGAUUGUUCCCGGCGGGCCGGGUUGGUCACUCGAUGAUAUUCUGCAUGCCAUCAAGUUGGUCAAGUAA